AUGGACCUGUUCGGGGACCUGCCAGAGCCCGAGCGCUCGCCGCGCCCGGCUGCCGGGAAGGACGCCCAGAAGGGACCGCUGCUCUUUGACGACCUCCCUCCGGCCAGCAGUACUGACUCAGGACCAAGAGGGCCCUUACUUUUUGAUGAUCUCCCACCUGCUGGCAGUGGUGAUUCAGGUCCCCCAGCGGCACAGAUAUCACUGCUGGCAACCAACGAAGGCAAAGGAGCAAAGAGGAAACCCCCGGAAGGAGAAAAGAACGGCAGUGAAGAGCUUGUGGAAAAGAAAGUUUGUAAAGCCUCUUCGAUGAUCUUUGGCCUGAAAGGCUAUGUGGCUGAGCGGAAGGGCGAGCGGGAGGAGAUGCAGGACGCCCACGUCAUCCUCAACGACAUCACCGAGGAGUGCCGGCCCCCGUCCCUCAUCGCUCGCGUUUCGUACUUUGCCGUUUUUGACGGGCAUGGGGGGAUCCGAGCCUCCAAAUUUGCUGCUCAGAACUUGCAUCAGAACUUAAUCAGGAAAUUUCCUAAAGGGGAUGUAGUCAGCGUCGAGAAAACCGUGAAAAGAUGUCUCCUGGACACUUUCAAGCACACGGAUGAAGAGUUCCUUAAACAAGCUUCCAGCCAGAAGCCGGCUUGGAAAGAUGGGUCCACCGCCACAUGUGUUCUGGCUGUAGACAACACGCUUUACAUUGCUAACCUUGGAGACAGUCGGGCCAUCCUCUGCCGCUACAACGAGGAGAGCCAGAAGCACGCGGCCCUGAGCCUGAGCAAAGAGCACAACCCCACGCAGUACGAGGAGCGCAUGCGGAUACAGAAGGCCGGGGGCAACGUCAGGGAUGGGCGUGUCUUGGGUGUGCUGGAAGUGUCGCGCUCCAUCGGGGACGGGCAGUACAAGCGUUGUGGAGUCACCUCUGUGCCUGACAUCAGACGUUGCCAGCUAACCCCCAACGACAGGUUCAUCUUGCUGGCUUGUGAUGGCCUCUUCAAGGUCUUCACCCCAGAAGAAGCCGUGAACUUCAUCCUGUCCUGCCUUGAGGAUGACAAGAUCCAGACCCGGGAAGGGAAGCCAACUGUGGACGCCCGCUACGAAGCAGCCUGCAACCGGCUGGCCAGCAAGGCUGUGCAGCGGGGCUCGGCAGACAACGUGACGGUCAUGUUGGUGCGUGUUGGGCAGUGA